AUGGGUAGGGAGGAUUUCGCUUUCUGGCCACAUACAAAAUUUGGAAUUUAUUCUGUGAAAUCAGCCUACAACCUGGCCAGGUCUGUGAGUUUCUUUGAGGCUUGCAGUGUUAAUGGUGGGGGUCUGCCCUCUGAUACCAGCGCUGAUGAGAAGUUUUGGAAGUCCCUUUGGGCAAUCAAGGCACCAGGCAAAACGAAGAUCGUCCUGUGGAGAGUUGCUCACGACUGCCUACCGACGGGCUUUCAACUUCAACACCGUCAUAUCCCUGCCGUGGACAGCUGUGUGUUCUGCGGAAGGAAUGAGAGGGUGGAGCACGUCAUCCUCUUCUGCCCUUUUUCUCAUGGCGUUUGGGAGGCGGUGAAGAUCUUCCCUUUGGAGCUGUGCAAAAAAGAGCUUGUCAAUGCAAGACAAUGGAUAUCUAACUUCAUUGCUCGGGGCUCCAAUGUGCUUUGCACUGUCCUGGCUGUGACUAUCUGGCACAUUUGGGAUGCCAGGAAUGACGCACGCAACAAUGCCACUGAACCAAGUUGCCGUCGGGUGGUGGAAAAGAUCAAGGCUUAUGUGGAAACAAUUACGCAACAUCUAACCAAGGCGGGCACUGCCUCUAGGUGUGACUCCUCUUCAUCAACUCUGCGAUGGAGUCCACCGCCGGUGGGUUCGGUCUUGAUCAACACGGAUGCGGCGCUGUUCGCGAACUCUCGAUGCAUGGGAGUGGGGGUGGUUGUCAGGGACCAUCUGGUCGCUGCCUGGCAGCGUGUAAUGAGAAGCUGGAGAAUGCCACAGUGCCGGAGCUGGUAG